ACUGCGAUCACUCCAGUAAACACAAGUGACAGUUCACUUUUACAGUAGUACUGAGGUUAUUUUUAUGUUAUUGAUAGGACCUAGAGGCUUUUGUUAAUGUCGAUGUUUUCGAAGCCGUUUACUUACGUUUGAGCGAGAACAAAGAGGAUAAGUAAUUGAUUUUGAUGCAAGUUUGUGUUUUUCAAGGUUGAUGGGGUCGAUGUAAGCAAAAACACAAUACGGCAUUUUUGUAAAUUCUAAAAUUUUAUCCAAGUAAAGAUGACGGCGGAACAACAUGCGCCUCUGGAACUUCCGAAAAAUCCACUGAUUCUGGAUUACAGCGAUUUUGACAUGAUGAAGUUCGAAGUGAAAAAAGAGGUUUCGCUGAGCACGUUCAUGAAUCAGUGCGGUCAGCGUGUGCCGGGCUCCGUGUCUACGACCCCUCUGAGCACACCGUGCAGCUCGGUGCCCUCGUCUCCUAGCUUCAGCCCCGGCGGCCCGCGAACCAGCGCUGAGGAUCUCUACUGGGCAAUAAGCGCCAGCACAUACCCCCAGCAACUCGAACCACACGCUUUAGACAUUGCACCGGAGGACGCGGGCGAAAUCUUUGGCGCCAGUAACAUCCACGGACACGCUUCUCUUCAAGUUCAUCAACAGCUUCAUCAUGUUGACUACGAAGGAUACAGGACAGGGCGCCAGUUUCACGGCCAAACUCCAAACAUUCAGCAGUGUCCGCAACAAUACCCUGGAAUAGUCCACAAUUCAGAAGCGCUCGUCGUUCAUCCUGCGACACACGAUUUUGCGCACGGUAAAAAUGAAUAUCAUUAUAUGCAAGAUGUUGACAGCCCAGCAGCAGGUGUAACCCAGUCCUUUAAUCAUCUGAGAUCUCAAAACAUUCACCAACAACAGCAAAGACGGCAGGACCGCAGCACCGGCUUGGAAAACCGUUUCACCGACGAGCAGCUCGUGUCCAUGUCUGUCCGCGACCUCAAUCGCCAUCUCCGGGGGAUGAGCAAGGACGAGGUUAUCCGCCUGAAGCAAAAACGCCGCACCCUUAAAAACCGGGGCUACGCUCAGUCGUGCAGGCACAAACGCGUCCAGCAAAAACACAUCUUGGAGCACGAGAAGACGAACCUCGCAACUCAAGUGGAGGAGUUAAAGCACGAGCUCGGCCGGUUGGUCCGGGAGAGAGACGCUUAUAAACUGAAAUGUGAAAGAUUAGUAAGCGGGAUGAACAGUCACAACCGUGGGUCUUCCAGUGAAAGCCCCUCAUCUCCGGAAUUUUUGUUAUAGCUUUUAAAACUGGAUUUUUAUAGCAUUUUAUCAGUUUAAAUAGAUUUUUAUCUCAAAUGUUAUUGUAUUUCCCCCUCUUUGUUUUCCACCUUUUCACUUUUGUUACUUCAUUGGUGUAUGGUUGCUGGAUUUCUCCAAAUAAAUUGUGACGUUUUGGUUUGGUGUACAGGGACACAGUAUCUGUUUCCUCUGGCCUGAGCCAGCUCAGUAGGAGAUGCGGCACCUCCAGCAGUUCCUGUGAACUAUGUAGAUUUUUUGGGGGCAUUUUUAAGUUAUGCCUUUGUUUUUGUGUGUGUGUUGUAUUAUUUGUAUUGUAUUAAUCACUGUUCCACAAUAUAAUUCUUUAAAUAAUUUGUUAGUCUACAUAUCGAUCUUUUUCAGAGGAGAAAAAGCUGUUAACCUGAUAAUAUUUCUGCUAUUUCCUUUUAAAUAAACCUUAAAAAUGCAUUGCAUUCA